AUGGAGGAGACGACGGUUCGAGGAGAAGAUUCAACCGAUAUGAUUUCUGCGAUUCCAGUGAAUGAAGAUUGCGUUGGUGAUUCAAUAAGCAAUGAUCAAGCAGAGUUAAACAUUGACAUUGAUGGCUCGUCUUCAAGUCCAGUUGAUGAAGACUUGGUGGGUGUUGUAGUAAGAAAUGUUGACGAAGCUUUUGAGUUAUAUAAUGGAUAUGCAUACAGAGUUGGUUUUAGUGUGAGGAAAGGCCAACAACGUUAUAAGGCAUCUACUAAGUCAAUUCAGAUGAAGAGGUUCUUCUGUGCUAAGGCUGGGUAUAAGCAGAAACCAAACAGUGGUGUUAAGCUUUAUUCAAAGAUUGAUAUGAGGACUGGAUGUGGUGCAUUUGUUCAAUUUGAUGUGGGGGGUGAUGGGAUGUGGACAGUUACAAAACACUUGAAAGAGCACAAUCACGAGUUAUGUUCAUUUGGCAAGAGUCAUCUGCUUCGGUCGCAUAGAAGAGUGGGAAACAAUCAGCUUGAAUAUUUAAAAGACAUGAAGAGUAGUGGUGUUGCAUUGGCAGAUGGUAUGAGGUUUUUGAAACAUCAGUCAGGGGGUUCUCCAUUGGUUGGCUUUACCAACCGCGAUGCUUACAAUUCGAUGGCUUCUGUGAGUUUGAAGUGUUUGGAUGGAUCUGAUUCCAAUUCUUUGAUUGAGAUAUUCAGGAGGAGGCAAUCUAAUGAGGCUGAUUUCUUUUUUGAUUUCGAACUAUGGGAGAACGCGAAGUUUUGUUCGAGAGAUGCGAGAAUGAGAAAUGCGAGAACGAGAAAUGCGAGAGCAGAGAGGAAUGGCUGUGGAGCAGAGUGUUUGAGAGUGAUCGAAGGAAAUGGCUGUGGAAGACGAAGUGAGAGAAGAGAGCUCGAGAGUGGAGUUCAGAGAGCAGAGUGA